AUGCUAAAAAUCAUCAUCCCAACCGCAACACUUCUCCCCCUAGCCCUACUAUCCCCACGCAAACACCUAUGAACCAACGUUACGCUAUAUAGCCUACUAAUCGCCACUGCCAGCCUCCAAUGACUCACACCCACAUACUACCCAAACAAAAGCCUAACCCCAUGAACAUCAAUCGACCAAAUCUCCUCUCCCCUACUAGUCCUCUCAUGCUGGCUCCUUCCUCUAAUGAUCAUAGCAAGCCAAAAUCACCUAGAACAAGAACCCAUCAAUCGUAAACGAGUCUUCGCCUCAACAUUAAUCCUAGCCCAACUAUCCAUCCUCCUAGCCUUCUCAGCCUCCGAACUAAUGCUCUUCUACAUCGCAUUCGAAGCCACCCUCAUUCCCACGCUCAUCCUCAUCACACGAUGAGGAAGCCAACCAGAACGCCUAAACGCUGGCAUCUACCUCCUAUUCUACACCCUCGCCAGCUCACUCCCACUAUUAAUUGCCAUCCUACACCUACAAAACCAAAUCGGCUCACUAUACCUCCCAAUACUCAAACUAUCACACCCAACACUAAACUCCUCUUGAUCCAGCCUAACUGCAAGCCUAGCCCUCCUACUAGCCUUCAUGGUUAAAGCCCCCUUAUACGGCUUACACCUAUGACUUCCCAAAGCUCACGUAGAGGCCCCAAUCGCCGGCUCCAUGCUUCUAGCAGCUUUACUCUUAAAACUUGGAGGAUACGGCAUUAUACGAAUCACAAUCCUAGUAAACCCAUCAUCAAACAACCUCCACUACCCCUUCAUCACCCUCGCCCUAUGAGGAGCAGUAAUAACCAGCGCCAUUUGCUUACGCCAAAUUGACCUGAAAUCACUAAUUGCCUACUCAUCUGUCAGCCACAUAGGACUUGUCAUUGCCGCAACCAUAAUCCAGACCCAAUGAGCAUUCUCAGGAGCAAUAAUCUUAAUAAUCUCACAUGGCUUAACCUCCUCAAUACUAUUCUGCUUAGCCAACACCAACUAUGAACGAACCCACAGUCGAAUCCUCCUACUCACACGAGGACUCCAACCCCUCCUACCACUUAUAGCCACUUGAUGAUUAUUAGCUAACCUAACAAACAUGGCUCUUCCCCCAACAACAAACCUCAUAGCAGAACUAACCAUUGUAGUAGCGCUUUUCAACUGAUCCGCUCUGACAAUCAUCCUAACAGGAGCUGCUAUCCUACUUACCGCCUCAUACACCCUAUACAUACUAAUAAUGACACAACGAGGCCCCAUCCCAUCCCACAUCACAUCAAUCCAAAACUCCUCCACACGAGAACACCUCCUAAUAGCCCUACACAUAAUUCCAAUAAUCCUCCUAAUCUCCAAACCCGAACUGAUCUCCGGUAUCCCUAUAU